UUCUUUCGUUACUCCGCCUCGCCUCCUCCUCUCGUUCUUAACCAUUCCCUUUCCUUGUUCAGAGGAGCCUCUACCAGUUCCCAUUUGGAGAACGGCCUCCCAACUCUCAUAACGACAGACAUCAUUGCGUCAACUGGGUAUACUGAACUCUCUGAGUAGAUAUAAACACGAUGUUUGCUAAUGAUCCUUCAAAGAAGAUAUCUUUUACUCGUUGCAUUCGUGAUGGAGAUUUGGUUAUCGUUUAUGAGAGGCAUGAUACAUUGAAAGCUGUUAAAGUCUGUGAGGGUUCAGUACUCCAGAAUCGAUUUGGUGUAUUUAAACAUUCAGACUGGAUUGGUAAACCCUUUGGCAUCAAGGUGUUUAGCAACAAGGGCGGAUUUGUAUACCUGUUAGCCCCAACUCCUGAAUUGUGGACUUUGGUUCUAAGCCACAGGACUCAGAUUCUCUAUAUUGCAGAUAUUAGCUUUGUGAUCAUGUAUUUGGAAAUAGUUCCCGGUUGUGUGGUUCUUGAGUCAGGAACUGGAAGUGGAUCUUUAACCACAUCACUUGCAAGGGCAGUAGCUCCUAGUGGACAUGUUUAUACAUUUGAUUUCCAUGAACUCAGAGCAGCAUCAGCUAGAGAGGAUUUUGAGAAGAUGGGAUUAAGCAACUUGGCCACUGUAGCUGUUAGGGAUAUUCAGGGCAAAGGAUUUCCAGAUGAAUAUUGUGGAAUGGCAGAUUCUGUGUUCUUGGACCUACCUCAACCCUGGCUGGCCAUUCCUUCAGCUGGGAAGAUGCUGAAACAAGAUGGAAUUUUAUGCUCGUUCUCUCCUUGUGUUGAGCAGGUUCAACGAUCAUGUGAAACUCUUAAAUCAAAUUUCACAGAUAUAAGGACAUUUGAGAUACUCCUUCGCACAUACGAAGUUCAAGAAGGGAAAUUGGACAACUCUCAGGGUGAGGAGGGUGUUCCUCUUGGGAUGCGCCCAUGUAAGAGGCGACAACGAUCAAGUGAAGGAAGCAAUGUGCUGGAAAACUCGACUUCUACGGUAGUAAUGGCUAGGCCAUGUAGUGAAGCUAAAGGUCACACUGGCUAUUUGACCUUUGCAAGACUUAAAUGCGUCUCAUGAUCAUGAAUAAUGCAACUCUUGCAUGUAAGUUUGAGAUUGUAGGAAUUUUGUUGUUGCAUCUCUAUGAUUAUCACUACAAAAAUUUUGAUCA